AGUGCAAAACACGAUCCUGCUGCUUUACCAGUUCGUGACACUGGUGGAGCUGGGGUAUAACACAUGCAUGAUGUCCGUCCGGUAUGCGGAGGCCGAGGUUCAGCAGGGCGACAGUACGGAAGACUUUCUUGAAACCGUGUACUGGGUGGUUUGGUUUUUAGUAGAGAUAUUUGUACUGUGCUACUUCAGUCACGAUACAGUGGAGGAGGCACGUCGGACAGUUCAUCUUCUAAGGAUGCCAAAUAUUUACGGACCAUGCCAACGAAUCAACUUUCGCACGAUUUCUCAAGAACAACUAGUGUUUCGGAAUGUCAAGACGAGCAUCUCCUGUUGUGGACUCUUCACCAUCGAUCUGACAUUAUUCCAUGCGAUUAUUGGUGCUACAACAACGUACCUAAUCAUUUUGAUUCAAUUCGAUCAAUCGUUUAACGGUGAUUAAGCCGUUCGAUUGUUGUACACUCGGCCAUAGCCAAACGCCUGCCACACAUAGGUUUUUCAGGAAAAAUCAUACAAACAACGUUGUUUCGCAUUCGACGCGUUUCGGCAUUGCCCUUUAAUUACCCGAUUUAAAUGCAUAUGCUACGGAAUUGCCCAUGUGGAGGACCGAACGUGGUGAUCAGUGAACGGGAAAUUUAUGCAAUCAUGAUUAUAAUCAUCGCGCUCGAUGCCAACUCAGCGCCCCAACCCGGUCCUUCACUGACCGUCCGUUAUGGUACCAUUGCGGGCGCAGCGGGGCGUUCAUGAAUGUGAAUGAUCAAUAAACGCUCCGGGAAAGCAUCAUUAUGUGACCGAAUCGUAUCACGAUGAGUGUCAUUUCUAGCAUGGUUGGAGCAAAUGGUUCUGAAUUGCCGUACAACAAGCGCUUAAGCACCUUUUGUAAUGUCAAAUUGCAUAACUUCAGAGGCAUGCAACGCUGUACAAUCAUCGGGAGAAAACCACCGUUUCAGUAAAAGUAAAAGAGCUAAACUUUACCUUCCCACUACAUCUCUACAAUCACUGCUCAACGGUGCCAGAACCAAUCAAAUUAACACUUACGCAUGUAUUAAUAAACCAUCCCACCCGAAGCGUGAACUGCGUUCUAACACACGCUCAAUUAUGACUCACUUUACUUUGAGGUUAAUUGCAAGCCAUCAGGCAAGAACAUUAAUCAUGUUUGGUUCGCGUCGGAGUGGCUUGUACCAAUCGCUAUAACCGUACCAAUCGCUAUAACCAGUCCAGUAACACAGUGUGCCGUGCUCGAUGAAAAGAAUUCUCCUCCCGCUUCGAAGUUGCAAGGGUGCACUUUCUUGCUUGUACUUGAGGAAAUAAAGUCUUUUCGCAGUUCCACUCCCACUUCGAUCCCACGGCUACGACUGCACUGAAGAAGCUGCUUAUCCGAUGAAUGGAAUAAACACCGGAAAGCCGCCAAGUGCCGCCUCUCCCCCGGACUACUCACGACAGCAGUUCCUGCGAUGCUUCCGACCACUUCACAUUCUAUCAAGCACGUUCGCUUUGUGGCCGUUCGGUGGCUGGUCCUCACGUUUUAGCCGUUGCAGCACACUGUACGUGCUGGCAGUCGUGACAGCGUACAGUGCGUUUCAUCUUUACAUUAACUACACGGACGCGUACAGCGUUGGAACGGGCGAGGAUGGUGGCAAACCCGGGCCCGAUUCAACGCCAACGGUCGACCGGCAGCAACAGGUCGAAGCGAACUUUGUAUCGAUAGUCAUCGAUGUCUACAACCGGUACUCGGGCUUGAUACUGUUUUGGUUGCUCACUGCUGACAUUUAUCUGCCUGCACAUGACAUUCGUUUUUCUCUGCAUCGGAUUUGCCGAAUGGUACAACUGCAUCAUGUACAUGAGCGAUUUCAUCCACCAUUGCAUCUUUUUGACAAAAACCGUCUCCAGCUGAUCAACGAUCUGCUCGUCGAGCUGACCGCUUACGGCACCGACGAGGAGCAGGCCCAUUACGAGCGCUUUCGACGUGACGCGAAGCCUCCGGAUAGGGGCGAAACCGUCUCCACCACGCUGGAGCUGUUGAGUGAAAUCAGUUCAGCCACCGCCAAGCCGCAUCAUCAAUCGCGAACCGGCCCAAUCGAACGCGCGGCCAAUGCAAACACGACCGCGCCGCAUGAACCAUCCAUCCCUCGGGGUGGUGGGCGAUGGCAUAAAAUCAAGCGGCAGCAGCAUAAAAUAAUUACGGUCAACCAGGCUGCUCCAUCGGUGGUGAUGCCGCCGCGAACGCAAAAAACACCACUACCGGACCAAUUUCCGCUGCUCGUUGCCAGCCUGCUCCGAGCGGCGGACCACUUGCAGCCAACAGCGUGCGAGCGCCACAUCAGAGCGAAAAUAAUUAAUGACAUAAAAAAUUUAUACACACAUUUGCAUUUAUUAUCGCUGAAUAUUAAUAAAGCGUACGGGGCGCAGUUGAUUUUCAUCCUGAUGACGCUGUUCGUAACGCUCACGACGCUGCUCUACUACUGCACGAUGAAACUUUUUCGGCAAGUAUUGUAUAUGCUGUGGUUGGGUCAGUGGGUAACACCGGCCGAGCUGCUGCCAACCUUCUGGGAGGUCUUGAGUACGCUCUCGUGGGCAUUCAUAUCGACGUUUCGCAUUCUGCGCAUCUGCAACGUGUGUAAUUCGGCAAAAAACGAGGCCCAAAAAAUAGGCAGCCUCAUACAUGGACUGGGCUGGAAAACAAAUUGCCCCGACACGAAAUCGAUGGUGCGUCUGCUUUCGCUGCAGCUACAUCAACAGCGGAUCGAAUUCACCGCCAGUGGUCUGUUCACCAUCGAUCAUGGGCUAAUGUUUAAUAUCGUCGGGUCGCUUGCAACGUACCUUCUGAUAUUGAUACAAUUCGAUAUCGCACAAAACGGCGCCAAAUGGAAGACGGAACUGCGGGCUCCACUAGUCUGAAAGCGGCCACCCCUCGUCAUUGUUUCGGUGCAAUACGAACAUUGGAGAUGUUACGAAGCUCCCCAAACAGUACCUCCCUAUCCCUAUCACCACCUGUCAUUGUGAUAAACGACACCAAGGAUCAAAGCACCAGCCGCAUCGGAAUUCAUAAUCCAUACCAAACCUCCGGCCACGGGAUCUUUGCAUUGUAUGUGUACUUGUACCGAAGCGUGUACCGUACAAACUAUUUGUUGUCCAUCUAGAAAUACCAGCGCAACAACGGCGUUUGCCUUUGCUGGCAGCGGCAAAUACUCCAACGUCCGGAUAAGAUGCGAUUUUAUCCAGCCCGAAUGCGCACUACAGCACACGCACCCGCACACAGGCAAACCAAUGCACAUUGUGGCGGAUUUAAUCUCGAUGAUAAACGUUUGACCCGUGCGUUCCCGGUGACCGCCAAGCAAACGCCAGGGCCAGGGCCCUCAGAGGGAGCUUCGUGGGGUGUUUGUGUAAACUGGCGCAGCAUUGAAAGGAGAUGCCCGAUGUUUCAAGCGACACCAAUUUACGAGGAAUGUUUUGAAGAAGUUUGCAAACGCUUUGUGCUGUCAACGGUAUCACGUUUUAUAAUCGUACGAUUUAGGACGUGUCAAAGGUGGAACGGGAAAGUAGAUAACUCUUUCUAACAGUUUGUUAUUGUUUAUUUUAUUGCACAGCUGUUUGCAAAUGGGAAUAAUAUAGGCGCUUUUUGCUUAAAAUUUCAUGUGCAUUGGUCGUAAUAUGAAGGAGAAAUAUAUUAAAUUUGCUAACAC